AUGAAUCUGGAUGUUCCAUCGGGUCGUCGGAAGACCAUUAAGUUUCGGACCAGGAAUUUUUCCUUAGAAGAUGAAAGAUAUUGGAUCCAACCAUCACGAUGUACUUCCGUGGAUAUGUCAUCUCGAGAAAUCAUCAACAAACUGAACGAAAUGGAACAGGAAGUUUACGUCAGUAACAAGAUGAGGAAGCUGUUUUUGGAGCAACACGAACCGGUGAUUGCCGAAGCGUUCGACAAAAUUCAGAACACAUUCGACGACGAAUGCACCGCUCUUCUUGACCAAUGCUUUCACACGAGCGAACGAGACAGCCGAGCCGUUUUGGACACAAAUUAUCACUUAUUUAUCCAUACAGAUGGAUGUCCUUCUAGUGAAGAGAAUAUGGAAGUUAUGGCGUUGGCGUCUGCAGCCAAGGCUAAAAACUUCCUGUCUCAUCCUGCAUGUCAACGAGAAAUCGACUUCCGGUGGCAGCCCGGAUUUAAAUUAGGACAAAUGGCAUUCUGUCUGUUUUUCUUCUUCCCGCCGCUGUUUUUUCUUCGCGGACGACAACGGAUUAAAAAACGCGAAAUCAAGACGAUGAUGGUCAAAAUGGACCAUUCGGGACAGAUGACUUCGAUAACUUAUAGUAACUUUAUGAUCCGAGUCUACAAUUUCUAUACAUCCCCAAAUGCGAAAUACGUGAUUCACACACUUUUUCGUCUGAUUUAUGUGAUUUUCUAUGCUUAUGUAUUGAUGACAAUGACACGGAAAACAAUGGUGAUGAAUGAAUUAGAUGAGUUUUUGGAUGAGAUGGCAAUUAUUGUAUGGCAAUGUGCAUAUUUAACAGAAAUGGCUGUACUGGUUUAUCAGAGAGGUUUCUACAAUUGGGCUGAACGAAAUACUGCAGAUCUCUACCGUAACUAUCUUGUUGCUAUGACUAUGAUCGCAUGGUCUCUAGCUGUAAUUGCUCCGCCCACUUGGCCUAUCCGUGCCUUUGCCAUUAUUUCUGCCGAUCUUUUCUUCUAUUUCUCAUUUGUUUUUGCAACGUUACGUCUGAUGAAAAUUGCAAAUGUGGACGCGUUUUUUGGGUCAAUAGUGCUUAUGAUCAAGAAAAUGAUCCCUAUCAUGGUAAAAUUUAUGUUUGUUUUUAUGGUAUUCUGGUUUACCUAUGCUGUAUGCCAUAUCAGUUUGGCUGGACAUUUGAAGAGUACUCCAAAUAUAACAGAUGUCGUUUGGCCGUGGUUGAUUUUCAGCAGUGGGGCGUUUGAGAUUUUUGGAGAAGCUGAUGAAGAGGAUAAGUUGGACAAGUAUGAUACCAGUAUUCCUCUUCUGCUACAUGUUCUAGCGAAGAAAUACGAGGAUAUUGACAAAGUUUCACAUAUUUACUGGAAAUACAAAUUGUAUAGUCGGCUGAUUGAAUACGAAGAAAAACUAUGGAUCCCUGCGCCUUUAUCUCUUGUCUUCUACAUUUUGAAAUCGGUGUUUUUCUUUCUAUCGAAAAUUCCAAUUAUUGGGAUAGUGGCGAAUGUUUUUCUGAAAGUUUUACACUGUUUUGAAGGCAACAAUUAUGCGCAGGAUAGGAGAAAAAAUCGGAAAUACGAGGCAGUUAUGAACGGAUUAAUCACAAAUGCAAAUCGAUGGACUGGUCCGACGGACGAGGAGAAAAAAGCAGUGGAGUUGGUUAGGGAUCAGAUGAAAAUCAUGGGAAUCGAGUGCAAUCGGACAGAUGACACAUUCAAAUUCGCUAUUGCAAAACCUUCCAAUUAUCAUUUCACAUGCCCAAAACAUGACGGUUUUCAUAAUCCCAAAAUCAACAUAUCCCACAGUUUGAUGUGUCCGACGUAUUGCCAAGUGUGUAAGAAAGUUUUUAUUUGUUCAGGAGAGCCAUCGUUCUCAGGAAUUCGAUAUAUGGAAGAUGGUCGUAAAAAAGACCAAAUUUCUUUUCACUAUGGAACCAUGAUCCGUUAUGUGGAUCUGGAAAUCAAUUGGUUUAUCCUGGCCUGUUAUAUCUUUCUGUUCACUCUUUUUACAAACAUCAUUGCUUUUGUUUUCACAGAUUAA